GAAAGAGAAUAUACACUACAUAAAAGACCGAUCACAUGUAGUCAAAGUUUUCAACUAUAAAUACGCAGGGAUGACAGUUAUAAACUACAUAUAACAUAUCUUCACGUGUCUUCUCUUUUGUUUCAUCACAUGUUCUCUCCUUUCUUCACCUCUCUCUGCAAAUUUAAUCCUUUCUCUUUUCGGCACUCCUAGGCCCUUUUCUUUAAUUCAUCUUUCAAAACCAAAAAGUUUAAUAUAUACAUUUUCACCAACACAAUUUUGGGAUGGACAAGAACAAGAAGAAGAAGAUUGUUUCCGCUUCAUCUUUCGAUCAUAUUUUUGGGCCAAGAGUCUCUUCUUCGUCUUCUUCAUCGGCCACUGGAUUGUUCAAAUCCAUCUUCCCACCACCCUCUGCGGAUCAGUUGGGGAGGCAAGUGGACUUUGCAAGUCAAGGUGGACAUGUGAAGUAUCAAUCUCCAAAUGAGAGAGGAGAAAGAAGCAACAAAAAGGAGAAAAAGAGUUACUAUAAUGAGGAAACAGAACCACCAUGCCACUUGAGCUCAUCACUUUACUAUGGAGGCCAAGAGAAAUAUUCCUCCACAACGACUAUCACCCAUGAUACUACUUACAAAAAAGAUGGAGAGGAAGGCGAUUCCAAAAGCGCAUCAAGAGGAAACUGGUGGGAAGGGUCGCUUUAUUACUAGUAAUCUUGAUUUAGGAGCACCUGUUAAGGAAAGUAAAGAGACAACAUGCAUGGUCUUAUCUUUAUAUGAAAUUUGAAGGGUCGCUAGCUAUAUAAUAAAAAGAAAAUAAACUAUAUAAAGGUCCUUAAUUAAUGACAAAAUUAAAAAGGUUUAGUAUAUAUUGUCUAAAAGAAGAGGGGCUUGUUCUUCACAUGUUGAUUCAUUUUGUUUACGACAAAUGCAACAACACUAAGAGAAGUCUCUUCCUGAUGAAAUUAAUGUUUGGCUCCUUUUUCGUCAAUUAAUGUUUGUCUAAUAGUGUUUGUAAGGAAAAAAAUGAUGUGUAUAAUAGAGUCUAUGUACUUGGCUUACUUUAAUGAAUAAUGGAUAUAAGAAUAUUUGCUA